UCCCCCUCACCGCCAACGACAGUGUCACACCACGUUGCUACAGUCACAUGAUGAACUUCGUCGACGCAGUUGCCGGUGUACAGGUCCCACCAAGAGGGGACAUGAACUUCACCUUGGUACCUUGGGCACUGAAAAUGCUAGACUCCUACGGCAAGCUGCCUAGUGGAAUUUACGAGAGAAAUCUACACUGGCAGGGUUCACCGGGUGAAUGUAGGGGCAUACGCGCGCAGAUGAGUGCUGGAGUUGUCCUUGGUAAUACAACGCUUACCUCCCCUUUUGACUUCAAAGGAAAGUACUGUCGAGCUGAGUUUCACCAUCUCUCUUGGGUUGCGAACAUCUUACAAAUGGAUGACGCCCUGACGUGGGGCAUGUGUGUCCCUGACACGUGUAGCGAGAAGGACGUGGAAGGACUGUUCCAGUUAGGUUUUAUGAAAAAAUUCAAGAUAACCCCUGAUAAUGUCUCCUGUUCAGACAGUCAGAAGCAUAAUGGUCAUGUGCACGUCACAUCCGGUACGACCACUCGACCCAGUGUUGCAACAACAAACGCCUUCGACUUGCUUAUAAGGUCAUAUUCUGACUGCAAAGAUCGGAUCAGGCCAGACGAAUUGAUGAACUGUUUGUUCUCUCCCUGUGACAUCGACAAAAAUGGUAACAUCAGCAAGCGCGAAUGGCAGACAGAAAGCCACAGACUUGGAAUGGACAUGGCUGACCAUGGAAAGAUUGCGCGAACCUUCAUCGAGUUGGACAUUAACAAGGACCUCCAAAUAGACGCACCUGACCUCGAGUAUCUCUUUGCCUUCUUUGACGACACCGGCGACGGGCUUCUCAGCCUUCCGGAGUACAUUUACAAUUGGCAGUCUCUCAUCUCGUAGUUCUUGAGAACUGAUCUUUCCAACAGAAGAGACGAAAUAGAACGCAGGAAUAACAUCGUUUAUUCUACAAUAUGGUUACAGUUUAAAAAUAAAAUGCGGUUGCCAUCCCUGA